GUGAACGUUCUUCCUUUGUGUGUAGCGCAGAUCCACAAACAGCUAGAAGGUAAUCUGUUAUGUUUAAAGCCUGUUUGUUGGCUUAGCACCAGCACGACGUCCGUCCGCAGGUCAAUACCGGAGAGUGUCUAGACGGUUAGUCACCUAUUCAUCACAGUUACAGGCGCAGUGAACCAUCUGGGUCUUCUCCAUGGCACUAAGACGAGGACACAUCAGGUACUUGAAGGUGUGUGAGGUUCAGACAUCUCAGAGUGAUAUCAGAGAUGGUCAACAUACCUCCAAAGGAGCCGCCGGAAAGGAGCUCUAUGAUAAUGGAUACAGCGAGCAGAUGAUGGAGGACGAUGAUGCCAGAACCAACCUGAUUGUCAACUACCUGCCGCAGAGCAUGAGCCAGGACGAACUGCGGAGUCUGUUCAGCAGUGUGGGCGACGUUGAGUCCGCCAAACUCAUCAGGGACAAAGUUGCAGGCCACAGUUUAGGUUACGGCUUUGUUAACUUUGUUAACCCUAGUGAUGCAGAGAGGGCUAUCAGUACCCUCAAUGGCCUGAGGCUACAGUCUAAAACUAUCAAGGUUUCAUUCGCCCGGCCGAGUUCGGACAUGAUCAAAGAUGCAAAUCUGUAUAUCAGUGGUUUACCGAGGACGCUCAGUCAGCAGGACCUGGAGGACAUGUUCGCUCGCUACGGACACAUCAUCAACUCCCGAGUGCUGGUGGACCAGGCCUCUGGUCUGUCACGAGGUGUGGCCUUCAUCCGGUUUGAUAAGAGGGCUGAGGCCGAAGAUGCCGUCAAACACCUGAACGGGCACACUCCCCCGGGCAGUUCUGAGCCAAUCACAGUAAAAUUUGCCGCCAAUCCGAAUCAGGCCAGGAACUCACAGAUGAUGUCACAGAUGUACCACGGCCAGUCACGGCGUUUUGGAGGACCGGUCCAUCAUCAGGCCCAGAGGUUUAGGUUUUCUCCAAUGAGUGUUGACCACAUGGCCGGCGGUGGCGGAGUCUCGGGGAACUCGUCCACCGGUUGGUGCAUCUUCAUAUAUAAUCUGGGUCAGGAUGCAGAUGAGGCCAUCCUGUGGCAGAUGUUCGGGCCGUUCGGCGCCGUCGUCAAUGUAAAAGUGAUCCGAGAUUUUAACACCAACAAGUGCAAAGGCUUCGGCUUCGUCACCAUGACAAACUACGAGGAGGCCGCCAUGGCGAUCCACAGCCUGAACGGGUACCGACUUGGAGACAAAGUCCUGCAAGUGUCCUUCAAGACCAGCAAGGGACACAAAUAGGGAGCGAUGGGAGAAGAGGAGGCGGCGUUCUGACUGUCUGUUGAGAAGAAACAAACAAGUCAGAAGUUGUUUUUUUUUUGUUUUUCUGCAGCUGUCAGUUGUUGGAGAGUUCGUCAGUAGGUUUAUUUUCUCCUCCCAGCAUGCCGGGUUCAUUCAGGCUGUAUCAUAUCAUUUGUUGCAGUAAAAACUUUUUGGUAGGUUGUUUUGAUCUGUGUCAGCAGCAGAACUUGGUUUCACAUGUUUGAAGUUUCUCUGCUUUAAAAACCAGGUGUGACUCUGUAAUAUAAAUAGAAAUAGCUGCAUUUGUUUCAGAGGAAACUACAAACUCACAAAGUUAACAAAGGAAACUAAAUCUGCUCUUUGAAUUCCUCAUUCCUUUUUUUUUUUUAACAAAUUGAAGCAGUUGGUCAGUUUUUCUUUUUUCUGUGUUGAAAUAAUUGAUCCUUCAUACAUCAGAUGGUAGCCAUUAAAGUAUAUUAUUAACUGUUUCUCAGAUUUAAAUGCUGAAAAACAUCAUGUAGAAGAAGCGUGUCUGGACUGUUGAGAUGAGGUGACGUGAUUGAUGGCUCUCUCAGCCAGUAAGCACACAAGAGGCGGGGCUCCAUGGCACAUGCAGUUUGUAAAGUUUCUGCAUGAACAAAAUUGUAUUUCAUAUUUUUACGACUGGCUUCCAACGAAACACCACCUGACGUACAGAAACUACGAGCUUUUUUAUAUACUGAUCCGUUUUUCUCUUAUUUUCAUUCGUAUUCUGUUUCUGAAUUGCAGCUAAUUGUGAUGUUGGACUGUUCACAAUAAUAAAAAACAAGUAAUAAAAUUGUUUAUGGAACA